AUGGUAAGGCCAGGGGCCGGGCAGAGUCCUGCUUCCGGACGUAGGGAACUCACCCACACACCGUGGGGACUACAGGGCGGGCAAGAUGGCCUGGAGAGUGGUCUUCAAACGGUACACAACGACAACGACAACAGCAGGGGACUAGUGGUUAGUAGCGGCAUUGCAAUCACAGAGGACGGAGUCCUCCGGCGUGAAUGUAUCUCCAUCCAUGUGGGGCAGGCAGGUGUCCAGAUUGGCAAUGCCUGCUGGGAGCUGUAUUGCCUGGAACAUGGAAUUCAGCCUGAUGGCCAGAUGCCAAGUGACAAAACCAUUGGUGGUGGGGAUGACUCGUUCAACACGUUCUUCAGUGAGACCGGGGCCGGCAAGCACGUGCCCAGGGCGGUGUUUGUGGACCUGGAGCCGACUGUGGUUGAUGAGGUGCGCACGGGGACCUACCGGCAGCUCUUCCACCCGGAGCAACUCAUUACAGGCAAGGAAGAUGCAGCCAAUAACUAUGCCAGAGGCCAUUACACCAUUGGUAAAGAGAUCGUAGACCUGGUGCUGGACAGGAUCCGCAAACUGGCUGAUCUGUGCACAGGCCUGCAGGGCUUCCUCAUCUUCCACAGCUUUGGGGGCGGCACCGGCUCAGGCUUUGCAUCUCUGCUCAUGGAGCGGCUCUCGGUGGACUAUGGCAAGAAGUCCAAGCUGGAAUUUGCCAUUUACCCAGCACCCCAGGUCUCCACGGCCGUGGUUGAGCCCUACAAUUCCAUCCUCACCACUCACACGACCCUGGAGCAUUCCGACUGUGCUUUCAUGGUGGACAAUGAAGCCAUCUACGACAUCUGCCGUCGCAACCUCGACAUAGAGCGGCCCACGUACACCAACCUCAACCGUCUCAUUGGGCAGAUUGUGUCCUCCAUCACUGCCUCCCUGCGGUUUGAUGGAGCCCUGAAUGUGGACCUAACGGAGUUCCAGACCAAUCUGGUCCCAUACCCUCGCAUCCACUUCCCCCUAGCCACCUAUGCCCCUGUCAUCUCUGCUGAGAAGGCGUACCACGAGCAGCUGUCAGUGGCCGAGAUCACCAAUGCCUGCUUCGAGCCGGCCAACCAAAUGGUCAAGUGUGACCCUCGCCACGGCAAGUACAUGGCCUGCUGCAUGCUGUACCGAGGAGAUGUGGUCCCCAAAGAUGUCAACGCUGCCAUUGCUACCAUCAAGACCAAGCGCACCAUCCAGUUUGUGGACUGGUGUCCGACUGGAUUUAAGGUGGGCAUUAACUACCAGCCGCCCACAGUGGUCCCUGGGGGUGACCUGGCCAAGGUGCAGCGAGCUGUGUGCAUGCUGAGCAACACUACAGCUAUCGCUGAGGCCUGGGCACGCCUGGACCACAAGUUCGACCUCAUGUAUGCCAAGCGUGCCUUUGUGCACUGGUAUGUGGGCGAAGGCAUGGAGGAAGGGGAGUUCUCCGAGGCCCGGGAGGACCUGGCAGCUCUGGAGAAAGAUUAUGAAGAGGUGGGCGUCGACUCUGUGGAAGCGGAGGCUGAGGAAGGGGAGGAGUACUAGAUGGAGUGUACCAGGCAGGUCUGUCCUCACCUCUGUCUGGCCACCUUGCCUCCCAGUGCGGCUGUGGCCAAGUUGU